GCUUGGACCGGUGCACUAGUAAAGCUAAGCGCGGACGAUCAAGAACGUCGUCGUCGUUCGUCUUCAUCGUCUCUCGGUCUCGGUUAUUUGGAACCCGGAGUUGCUCCCACAGAGUUGUUCUCGACCGUCGUAGAGGAGAGAGCCACGUCGCCGUUUGCAUUGCAGCCGAUAUCCUUAGAAGAAGUAAUCGUCGGUGGUAGAACCACAAAACCAGAGUGAGGAUUUUUUCAUUGGUUUGGUUCGGGGCUCCCUGUUCGCGGUCGGUGAUUUCGGAGUUAUCGUUUGAGAAAAUUAUUUGUAAAAAAAGUGCUGAAACUGGAGGCGAAUUAUCCUAGAAGAAAAGUUUGACUGACUGUGAUUUUUUCUAUCGCUUUACUCACAACAUUUUUUUCUACAAAAGCUAGAUGUAACAUACUGUGUGUGAAAUGUGACUACCCUUGUGAAAUCGGUGAUUUUUUGUCUCUGAAGCAAGGAGGAAUUGAAGCAGCUGGAAGAACCAGAACAGAUUGGGUGAUUUCAUCGACAUAACUAAGUUAAAGUUUCUAGUUACUAGUGCCUAGUUUAAGUAUUGUUAGCUAAGGCAGAAAAAAAGUGUGUGCGAGCAUUUUGGAUAUUUAGAUGUAGUUUCAUUUUUUCUACUACCAUUACUAUUUAUUCGUUUAAGACCCCCGUAAGUGUUAAGGCAAAAAGAUACCGCAAACUAAGUGAAAAAGUUGUGCAAGUGCAGGAAUGAUUAAACAAAGAAAAAUCAAUCACCCUUGACUCGCACUUUACAGAAGUUGAUCAUUGGAAGAAGUCCAGCUUUGUUUGCCGAUUAUUCAUCAAGAAAAAAAAAAACAAAGUGCAGUGCUGAAACGAAUGGUGCUCGGCAGGAAUUAUUAGUCUAGUGUGGUAACAAAAAAGCAUUUGGAACACAAACGCGCAUUUAUUGUGACAAAACUACCACAAGUGCUCAGUUAUUGAAAAAAAAAACAUAAGACAUCCCCCCAUCCCCAUCGACAUAGUUUGUGCAUUCUUGGAUGGAAAUAAUCAUCCAAUCAACGUUCCAACUUCCGGAUACGGCUUAGUUUUGGAUUUCAUUUAUAUCAAUGUCGUCAACGACGCCCAGUCGUUACACCUUUCAUACGAAAAAAAUUGGCAUUGGAUUAAAAACUCAAAAAUCCCAUCGAAAAGUUAAGUAACCCGGUAGAACGUCGGAAACUCAACUACCAGGAACAAAUAAUAAUCACCGAAGCAGCUGGACAGAUUCUACCUACAAUACAUCAUCAUAUUCUACGAAGAUCAAACACCCCGGGAAGAUUUCGAGCUAGAUUUUCACAAUCGGAACUGAUCCAGCUUAAACAAAAAGUAAAAAAUUUCAAAAAAAAAAACAAGCAACACAAAAACUGAAUUUGAACAGACAUCGUUGGAACACCCCGUAACCCUGUCAAGUUUGUAGCAACGUAUCAAACUUCGUGGACCUUACAGCGGGAUAACCAAAACACAGCCACAACCGGAAACAUUCGAGCGCCCCGGGGAAAGGAACGAGACAGUACUAGCAUCUUUUGCAACUGGGACAGCAGCAGAUAAAACACUCGAAGAAAUGGCUGAAGGAAAUGGAGAACUUGUCGAGGAUAUGACACACCAAAAGAUGGAGGGAGCUGGCGAUGGCGAGCGAACAGAAGAUUACUCCAAACUGUUAGAGUAUGGACUGGAUAAGAAGGUGGCAGGCAAAUUGGAUGACAUCUACAAAACCGGCAAACUUGCUCACACCGAACUGGACGAGCGAGCACUCGAUGCCCUGAAAGAGUUCCCCGUAGAUGGUGCCUUGAACGUUCUGAGCCAGUUCCUAGAAUCCAACCUCGAGCAUGUAUCAAACAAAUCGGCCUACCUGUGUGGGGUGAUGAAAACCUACCGUCAGAAAAGCAGAGCCACCCAACAAGGACUCCCCACACCUGCAAUAACAGUACAAGCAAAAGGCCCGGACGAAGCAAAGAUCAAGGCAAUCCUAGAACGCACAGGUUAUACCCUCGAUGUCACGACAGGACAACGAAAGUAUGGCGGUCCACCUCCAAACUGGGAACACAGUCCACCGGGCAAUGGGUGCGAGGUGUUUUGCGGUAAGAUCCCCAAAGACAUGUUCGAAGACGAGUUGAUACCGCUCUUCGAGAAAUGUGGUAAAAUUUGGGACCUGCGCCUGAUGAUGGAUCCAAUGACAGGGACGAAUCGAGGCUACGCAUUUGUCACAUUCACCUCCCGAGAUGCCGCCUGUAAUGCAGUUCGAGAGCUAAAUGAUUUUGAAAUUCGGAAAGGCAAAAAGAUUGGUGUUACGAUAUCAUUUAACAAUCACCGGCUCUUUGUCGGCAAUAUUCCUAAAAAUAGGGACCGCGAUGAGUUGUUAGAGGAAUUUGCGAAAUAUGCACCCGGCCUAAACGAAGUGAUAAUCUACAGCUCUCCGGACGAUAAGAAGAAGAAUCGUGGUUUUUGCUUCCUGGAAUACGAAUCACACAAGGCAGCGUCGUUGGCGAAGCGACGGCUCGGAACCGGAAGGAUAAAGCAGGUGUGGGGUUGUGAUAUCAUAGUGGACUGGGCGGAUCCCCAGGAAGAACCGGACGAAGUGACGAUGAGCAAGGUGAAAGUAUUAUACGUGCGAAACUUGACACAGGACACUAGUGAGGAGAAGUUAAAGGAGUGUUUUGAGCAGUUUGGCAAAGUGGAAAGGGUGAAGAAAAUCAAGGAUUACGCGUUUGUGCACUUUGAGGAUCGUGAUCAUGCCGUGAACGCAAUGAAAGACCUGGACGGGAAGUUGGUCAGCGGUUCAAAUAUCGAGAGUCCUCCUUUGCAGGUGUCUUUAGCAAAACCCCCAUCCGACAAGAAAAAGAAGGAGGAAAUAUUGCGAGCCCGGGAGAGGCGUAUGAACCAAUUUCUGCAGAGCAAAAUGGGCAUCGUUGGCGACUUUGUUCCUCCAUACAGCAUGUCUCCUCAGCAUGCCGGCAUGAUGUCUGGUCCACUGCCACCGAUGCGAGUUCCUAGUGGCGCUGGAGGAUUUCGUGGAGCUCCAAUGCGAGGUCCGAUGAAUCGCGGUGAUUACGAUAUCGACUACGAUUAUUACGGUUUUGCGGAUUAUCCGCAUCGGGGCCCCAGAGCUGGUUCUAGCAAUUUUAGUGAUACACCGUUCUAUGACGAUUACUAUCGGGGAGGUUUCGGGGAUGAUUACUACUUCGAUUACCACCACCCCCAUCACCACCAUCAUCAUCACCAAUCGUCGAAUGCAGCAACGACAGCAGCAGCGGCAGCCGCAGCAGCAGCCGCGGCGGCAGCAGCUGCAGUGGCCGGAACAUCCGGUGGCCCAAGUGGCAGCGGAAGUGCUGGUGGAGGCACCUCGGGCGGAAGUGGAGUCACUGGGGGGUCACUGCACCAUCAUCACUCGUACCACCAUCAUCACCAUCAUCAUCCGACGGCAAAUGCAGCUGCGGCCCUGGCAGCGGCAGCUCUGGCUGGCAGGAGUAGCAUUGUGGGCUCGAAGAUGAGAAAACUUGUUUGAGAACAUAAGGUGUCAUCUAUGAAAAAAAUUAGUUUUUCUUGAUUUGGUUGUUACGUUUUUUCAAUUGCUUUUUGUUUGCUGUAUUAUUUAUAUUUAGCUUUAAUUUAUCCUUGAUUUGUUGAAUGAUGCGACCAAGGCAGUUGUGAAAUUGCGUUUCUAUUUUAAAGUUCUUAAUUCAAAAAUUCAUCUCAAAUCUUGAAGAUAAUUCAUUCAACAAAACCAACUUAACCAGAUAAUAACCCUAUACUGAAUCACUGCUUAUUAGAUCAUUUCCUUGCUUUGUUCUCAUAACAAAAUUCGCUUUAAAUUUACGGCUAUAUGUUUAUGCUUUUUGCUUUUAGUUUUAGUAUUUUAGUUUGCUUAUUAAGCUUUCGAAAUCAGAAUCCACCACUCGGCUCGCGAUUUCGUGUUCGCAUUUAUCAACCAUCUGGCCGCGCGAUGUACUUGUUUCCAACUGUAAAUCACAAUUCGGACCAGAUUGCAGUGUUAAUCUUGAAAUUUAGGUGUACCUAAAUAUGAUUUAUUUUUCUAUAUUUAAAAAAAAACUAGGAUCAGUUUUAGUUUAAGAUAUCAUUGUAGUUUUAAUCAGAAGAAACCUUGUAGGAACACGAUUUUUCGUAUUCUUUGGCAUGUUUUGAGUGAAUUUCAAAAACCUUUUUUGAAAACUAUUUAUUCAAAUCAUCAAAAAUCUUUACAAUGACAAAUUUUUUCCUAGUGCGAGAAAUCUUGAAUUUAAACAAGGUUGCCAAAAAAAAUCUGUGUUUUUGCGAAAAAAAAUGAUUUGCUGUGAUUUCACCAAGGCUGUAAUGUUUAGUCAUUUUGUUUCGAUCCUGACCAACAUUAAGUAGUCAAUGUCAUCGAAAGAAUAUCAAAGUCGUCUACGAAUUGAAUGACCAAGGUAGGAUGUCAGUCAGGCAGGGAUGUCAAUUAUUCAUGACAUUGUUGUUCUCCACUAGCAUCGCACACACUGUCAUCUUUCUAUUUCAUUUUCUGGUUCUGUUAAAAAAGUUUAACGUUAUAUGCAACGCAACAGUUGUCAAAAUGUUAUCCGUCACCUUAAGAAGAAAAAUUCGUAGCAAGCAAAAUGCUAUUCAUUCAACUUGGUCAUGACAUUGUAAGCUUUCGUCGCUGACCAAAAAUCAGUAUCGCAUGACAUAGACAUGUAAAGCAGUAUCAAAGUCGAUUGAUAUUGGCUGUCUGACACUGAAUAUUCGCAGCCCUGGAUUUUACCCAAAACUUCUGUGAUGAUUUUCUGCGAUGCUAUUUCCUUUAAUUUCAUUGAAAUUCAUGACUUAUUGGGUGUUUUUUACAUUAAAGUUGAGAUAAAUCCAUUAGCACCGCAAUUUCAUCAACUGUAGGUUUGUGUCUUAACUGCUGAGUUCGCGAUUGGUACACCCUAGUCAUGGCACUAGCAUUCAAAAAUUACUCCACGUGUUCUAAUGACACCUAGAAAAAUAUAUAGAAAUUUCAUUUUCUACCAAGCAUUUUCAGCCUGCUUCAAUUUUUAUGCGUGCAAAAGUAUAAGUUGCUAUGGUGUUCAAUUUGUGUUUUGUUUUCUUUCGAACGAAAUAGGUCCCGAUGGUUGAAAUGUACUAGAUACAUUGAGCGUUCAAAAUUGCGGAACAAAAUUGGAAACAUACUUACAAAUGAAAAUCAACUCUUCAUAUUUAAAAAAAAAAAAUUGAUUCCAAUCAUUAGGAUAGUAAAAUCAAUAACAGAGUUGAAAUUACAAUUUAAUUUUUUUUAAGAAUUGCUUUUAGCAAAUGUAUAAAUGCCGUAGGUUUGAAGAUUUUCAAACACGAAAAUGUUCAUAAUCUUAUUGAGAUAAAAAAUCGCAGUUCUUAAUAAAACGAUCUUCUGGUGAACGAUCAAAGCUAAACAUUUCAUUAUAGAGUAAAUUCUUUAGAUCAUCUGAAUUUUCCUCAAUUUUCCCCUUUGGCUAAAAUUUUCAAAAGUUCAGAACACGCUUUUUCAAUUAAAAUGAAAUGAUCCGAUACAUUGAAACUAAAAUUUAAACUAACUGAGAUACAUAACUCUUCAUGAAAAGUAUUUACGAAUUAUCAAUUAAAUGAUUUUCGAAAAGUUGAAAUUUGGUUAUUGAAAUCAUCACAUGAUCGGGAAACGAAGCUUCGAGAAUGAUGAGUUAGUUGGCGCCAGGAGUUCUGGGUGAUCAAUAAAUCUUUCCUCCACAGGAGGAAAUAUAUCAGCUUAUCAGUGCGAUUAGAGCAAGGUCACUGGUGUUGGGAAAAAGUGGUAGAAAUUUUGACACUUACGGCAAAUUUUGAAAAUUUUGCCAUGCAAAAACCUUUUCAAGAUCUGUGGCCUUCUAGUUUUUUUGCAACACGUGUUGUAUUUUCGCAUGCCGUGAUGCAAAAAUAGUAAUAUUUCUAUCACAUACGGCUGAAAUAGAAACAGUGUUACAAAAAAAUACAACGCCCCAAGAUCUUGAAAACAUUUUUGUAUGGUAUAAUUUUCAAAAUGUCAAAAUUUCUACCACUUUUUCCUAACACCAGUGAACUUGCUCGUAGCAUUAUCAAUCUUAAAAUCUAAAUUUUAUAUUGGAAUAAAAAAUUACAACUUUGGAAAUACUUUCAAAAUUACAAAAUUCUGUGAAAUCUAUGAAUUGCCCAAAAUUUUGUGAAAUUAUAGGUUUAUCAGUGAUUUCGGCAACAUUGGUGCUAACUCAUAUUAUCCUGCGUCCUUUGUAAACAAUUUUUGUAAUUUUACACUCAGCCUCAGAAAGCCACACCCAAAUAGUAAAUAAUUUUUUUCUUUAUCUUCAAGUAAAAGUUUCAUAAGUUAUUAUGGCAGUAUUUCUGGAAAACUUACCCUUAGGGAUGAAACGGCACUGAUUUCGAAACUGUUUGCUUUUGUGUAGAAUCGUCCCUAACAUGAAUUCUCCCAACAUAUUAACAUUUCGUUGCAUCAUAGUCAUUGUUAUGAAAAGAAAAAAACUAAUCCUAACCCAAACUUGCUCAUUUGGCUUUCCGUUGAAAAAAGCUUACGAAAUCCAAAAUCGGUUUUCAAUUUCCUCAAACAAUGGGACAUUACUUUUGUGCGAGAGCACUCAAACGGCCAAGUAAAGAGAACUUGAAGGUUUCACUGAUUAGAUUUACAAUGAAUCAAUCAGAUUAGUUAUUAUUAGGUUAUAAAUUUAAGUCAAUCUAUGUUGUUCGAAGUGAUAGGCUUUUUGUCCUUUUUUCCUUUCAAAGCGUUAUUCGUUUUUCUUCUGUUCUUAUGUUUUUUUCUUUUAUUUUCAUUUCUAUUGUUUCAUGGAUACAUGCGUUUCCAUUUCGAUGUGCAUUACAUGAACGCACAUGCGCAUAAAAUGUGGAAACAAAACAAAAAUAUAAUGUCGACAAAUACACGAACUCCUGCCACCGAUUUCUGAACCCACAAAACGAUUCGAUUCGUUUGUUUGUAAUGCCAAUUCGAUCAACUGCAUUCGGACAAAUGUAAAAAAAAAACCAAAAUGAAAAUGGAACGACCUUACCGGUCCUUUUCAAAUUUACCUCGCUCAAUUGGUAACAAUCGCGUGCCAUUUGCUACCGAAUGUUAAAAACAUUGACGUUGGAUAACGCGAUCCCCACCCACCCAUCAACAACACGCACAUGUCAAUUGAAACGUCAAAAAUUAAAAAAAAAAAAAACAAAUAAAAAA